AUGCAAAUGUGUAUGGACGCGGAGAUACAGAGAAAAACUGGCUGUUCCAUGGCCCUCGAAAAGGCCGGAAAGAAGGCCAGUCCUAAAAUGGAGCACCGAAGGGAGGGGCCUCUCGACGAGGCGGGCCGGUACGGUUGCCUCUUCCGGCCUGACCGGCCUGUGGAAGCGAUCUGCCUCGAGGUGUCCUCGUGGCUGGUUUCUAGGUCACCCGGCAACCACCAGGUCAGCCGAGCCAGUCAACUCGAGUGGCGUCUGUUGCCAAGUCUUGUCUCCUCUUCAGGGCAGGGCGAACCUGCGGCCAAUUGGGACCGGAACUCUCAUGACUGGGUGGUCCAGCUCCCCAGAGCCGUGGUGAUUAUGCGCUUUCCUGGCACCGGUACAACUUGUAUUCUCCGGCCUAUUUACUUUAAUCGCCUGGCAACACAUGACCCAGUCAAAGCACACUACUUGGUUGAGACGCGAACAGAAAAGGCGGAUGUGCCAAUCUGA